UUGUGAAAAUAGUGAUUGCAUAACUGAGAAAUGGUUAUUGGAAAUACAACCGUGUCAAAAGGACGUGGGGCUGGCAGAACUGCCAAGUCAACUCGGAACAAUUUAAUCGUGAUAGACGCGCCUCUUGAGCUAUCCGGCAAAACUUACCGGCCGCGUUCGUCGUCUAUUGAGCCGGAUGACGUCAUAGACCUGGGCGCGCCGGGCCGUUACCGUGACAGGUUCAAAAGAAGAACCGCGGGACACCGCACGUCCCCACCACCUCGUUUGCCUGCACUUUACACACCUAAUCCACGACUAUAUCCGGGACCGGCAGCUGCAAACAAAAAAGAGAGAAAGACCCGCUUGAGUAAAGGCCACCACAAACGACACGGGCGCGGGCAGAAGUUCACUAAACCUGUGCCGAACUCACGGCUGUACAGACCGACGCCUCCGCGAACCUCGCCACCUUUACUCCAGCCAAGAGGAAACUGGCCGGCUCCAGAACCAACUAAAGGGAGUUUAGACACAGCGUCAAAAGCGGCGCUACGUUUGCUGCAACAGCGUCAUCUGCGUCCGCCAUCUUUAUCGCCGUUGCGUAACUUACCGUUGCCGAUAAGGACACCAUCAGUCACCAAUGCAGUAAAAGCUCGGCGUCUUGUAGUGACAUUACCAGCAGCUGAGUCAGGUGACGCGCCGCGGUACCAGCCAGCCAGUGAACACUUCCGCCACCGGGUCAGACCUUCGCUGGGUUCGGGUGCGUCCACGCCGCCAGCUGUUCGUCGUAGACACGCAUCCCCCGCCGGCCGCGCAGGCGUAAUGGCCGCCACCAACAAAAACUCCACCAGCCCCGACUGCUCGGAUGGAAAUGACGCCUCCUCAGCUCCGAGCGAGUUUUUAGCAGAGUUUCUGUCAGCGAUAAUGCGUCAUCAGUAUGCGGAGGCGCUGAAGUACUGCCAGCUCAUUCUGCAGUACGAGCCGCACAACUCCACCGCGCGUGGCUUCUACCCGCUGCUGCAGCACAAAGUGAACGCGCACGCCAAUACACACCGCAAAGCUCAGAAGAAAGAGGAGACGAGUUCUGAGAGCGAGGAGACUAGCCCCAGAUCCAGGCGAGGCGCCUUGUCCGACGCGCACGGCCAACAGAAAACCGCCGACGUUGACGUCGAAACCGAAGGCUCGCCAGAUGGCUCGGACUCUGGAGAGGAGGAGAUGGAGCAAGGGGCGGACGGGUCAGGAUCAGCUUGUUCCUCCCUCGAACUCGACUCCGAGCCUUCGCCUGCGACCCCCUCCCCCCGUACGCCGCACACCCCACACACUCCGCGGCGCUCGGACCGAGCUGAUACCACCGACCCAAACGACACUACUGACCCUACGGAUCCUUCUGACAGCGCAUCGUGGCGCUGGGAGAGCGGCGGCGAGCGGUCAGAGCGCGACGACAACGGCAACCACCCCGCGCAGCCGCACAACCACACAAACAACCAAGGUGGUGUAGACGACAAGGAUGUGGAAAAUGAUAACGCAAUGCUGCCCUCGAAUUCUCAUCUCAAGAGUGAUUCGCUGUCAUCUCUGCAGCGAUUGCGUGCUCAGUUCACUUGCUCUAUCAAGUGAGGAACAACCCACCCCGCCUCACCCCGUAGCCCAUCCGCACUAACUACGUCCACGUGUCCGUCUUGUUACGUUGCUUAAAGUCCGGCCGCUUAGUGUCUCCGCACACGGGCUACUACCACAACCCCGAAGAGUCGCCACCGGCAUAUUUUCUGUAGUUUUCAUACAUUUUAUAUGAACCAGCCGCACACGGUUGACUUCAUCAAAACGCAAAUCGGCGCUGCCGUUCACUACAGACAAUAUUCUGGUUGCAUGGCUGCGGCGCGGCGUUUUGUGGUUGUAGCCAGUGGCCCGUGUGCGGCGACGCUUAAGAAUGCGUUCCUGACGUCUAGUAUGUCAGGUGGUCCUUAAAACAGUUGACAUAACCUUAUAAAAGCGCAGUACGAUUAAAAGAAAAUAUUGUUUAUUUUUA